CCCACUGUCAAAACAGAGAGAGGGGAGCAACAAUAUGAUGGACCUUUUUGAGACCAACCCUUAUCUUUUCAAUGAUUUGCGCUAUUUGGAAGAAGGGGAUCAUGGACCGCUUCAGCAUUUGGACAUGGCGGGGGUGUCUCCCCUCUACGGCAAUGACAGCCCGCUGUCCCCGGGCCAGGAUAAUGUUCCGUCCGAGACCGGGGGCGAGAGCAGCGGGGAGGAGCACGUCUUUGCGCCGCCGGGUCUCCGUGCGCACUGUGACGGCCAGUGCCUCAUGUGGGCCUGCAAGAUAUGCAAGAGAAAGUCUGCGCCGACGGACAGACGCAAGGCCGCCACGCUCAGGGAGAGAAGGAGGCUCAAGAAGAUCAACGAGGCCUUUGACGCGCUGAAGAGGAAGACCGUGGCCAACCCCAACCAGAGGCUACCCAAGGUGGAGAUUUUACGCAGCGCCAUCAGCUACAUUGAGAAGUUACAGGACCUGCUGCAGACGCUGGAUGAGCAGGAGAAAACGCAAAACGGAUCAUCCCACAACCUUAACGUUAAAGAACACAGUGUGGCCAGUCAUGAGUACCACUGGAAAAAGUCCUCAGAGACCUGGCCGACCUCUGCUGACCAUUCCAACACAGCAAUGAUAAACCACAGAGAAGAAACCAGUGAGUCCUCUGCAUCUUCCAGCCUCCUGCGUCUGUCAUCCAUUGUGAACAGCAUCACCAACGACGACAAAAUCAACUUCAGAGAGGACGCCUCAGAAAACUGAAAGAUUAGUGAAGACCUGGACUAGAAAAAUUUAAUUUCCACUGUUUAUCUCUAAAUUAUUUCCACUGUGUUCAGCCAUUCUGGCUUCUGUUUGUUAGUCUUUCAUUUGUACAGCAGGAGCAACAGAUUUGUACAUAUUUUAUAAUAAUGUGAUGUGUAGAUUUAUUUAUUUUAUAUUCACAACCAAACUCUUUAAGGAAGCUGAUAUUUUAUUUAAAUGUUUGUACAUAACUGACCAAGAAAAUAAAUUGCUCCCUCUGCUAAAUUCUAAACCGCUGUAUUCCUCGGUCUUUAAGGGCAUGCUGGAAAGGUAAGUGCGUGACAAACAGAGGCAAUACAAGCAUCAGACCACAUAUACUGUAUUAUCUUUAAGUUAUGCUGUUUAACCACUGAAGGGUCCAAAACCACAAUAGUCGUGAAACUAAUACAUGUGUAAAUUUGCACCUCUGGUAUAAAUGGUGGUAAAAUCUUUUUAGCAAAUAAAGCAGAGUUUUAGGUCACUCUACCUCUUACUACAUCUCUGUGUUUAACACAGAAAGACAACCCCCCCCACUGCCAGUUCAAGAUCUACCAGUUCCCCCAGCAUUCACAGCUAUUAGAAGUCCCUAAAAUCUGUUUACACUGCCCUAAAAUAGUUCGCUGCCAGGCUGCUUCUCUUUGUUCCAACCGGCCUCCAGCAGGACUGAUCCCACAACAUGUAACUCGAGUCCCCUCCAACCACAGCGUGCCUGUCCUCUGCUCUCCUAUCAUAUGGUGGGGACAUGGAAACUUGGGCAGCAGACUUGAGUGCAAAGCCCCUUGGGAUAAUGACGUUAUCUGAGCCAUUAUGCCUUAAUUCAUCAUCACUUGCUUCGUCAUCACAUGGCAAAGCGUUUACAUGCAAGCUAUUAAAACGUGUGACAUAGUGCUAACGGCAUGGAAAUCCAUUGAGUCUUGUUUGUCGCGUAUUGACAUGAGAUGGGGGGCGUUUGUUGAUGAUGUUGGGGUGUGCUGCUCUCCCUCAGAUCUCUGUGGAUGGCACAAAGCCUUGGUUGACCUUUGCGCCUCUGCCUCAUCUCUCAGGCCUGUAGACACACACACACAUGUCCAUGCAGUGUUGCACAUGUGUCAGGUUUAUCAAAAGCUAAAGACCUCAGUGUUACAUCCAGCAAGGGGAAAACAAAGCCAUUUGAA